AGCUACGAGUACGAGGUUUUCGUAUUCUGCGAUUAAUUAUUGUCAUGAAUGUCUGAAUGUUGUUGGUGGCCGGAUUCGGGGGACACGUUGACGUAGAUGUUGGAUGGAUUGAAGUCGUUUAAGCAACUGUUUUGUCUGAUUCAACCAAGCAGCAAAACACAAGGUGAACUCUAGGACGACAUAAUGCAGACCCUCAUAUGCAAUCGAUGCCAAAGGGCAUUGCUUAUUUUCGCCUUGUUGUCUCUCGGUGCAUAUGAAGCUAACGUCAUCAGAAAAAUAAUCAAAGAUAAGCCAGAGACGGAUCCUAAGGACCAUAAAGUCAUGUCAAAUGAUUCUAAAGGAAAAGACGUACCUGUUGACAUAGCACCACCAGAUCACAUGGAUGGUGUGCGGAUUAUGCGUGGUGGUCAGCUCAAUAAGGACUUUCAACAAGAAGUGUUCUUGGGACCUGAGCAUGCCGAUUUUGAAACCAUUCCAGAAAAAGAAGGGAAACGAAGACUAAUGGAGAUCUUUUCUAUGGCAGACACCUCCAAGGAUGAACUAUUAGAUUUGGAUGAGUUGACUGCAUGGAUCUCCCUUCAGACUGAGAAACAUUUUCAAGAAGCUUUAGAAUCAAGCAAGAAAAUCUUCCCAUUAAUAGAUGCAGAUGGUGACGGUAUUAUCCACUGGGAUGAGUACAGGGAACAGUUUCUCAAGCAGAGAGGAUAUGAUAAAAAAAUACUGGAAGAUCUGAAAAAUGGCAAAAGUGCUUUAAAACCUCAUGAUGAAGAGGAUUAUUUGAUUUACCGUGACCGAUGGACAAGGGCUGAUGAGGAUGAGGAUGAUAUCUUGAAGGAAGAGGAAUUUCUGGCCUUUCUUCAUCCAGAGCAUUGUAAAACAAUGCUGAAUCUGCUGGUGGAUGAGCUACUGCAUGACUUUGAUGCCAAUGGAGACAGUAAACUGUCAUUGUCCGAGUUUGUCUCCAUGCCAAUGAUGGAUAGUGAGGAACUGGAGAAGGCAGCCGAGGAAGAUGAAUGGGUCAAGGAGAGACUGAAAGAAUUUCGGGAGAAUAUGGAUCUAAAUCAUGACAACAUCUGUGACAAAGAGGAAUUAGAGGCAUAUCUUGACCCCAGGAAUCGUCAGCAUGCUGAGGGAGAGGCAAGGCAUCUUAUUGGCAGUGCAGACGACAACGAAGAUGGUAAACUAUCCCCAAGAGAAGUUUUAAGGAACUACUUUGUAUUUAUAGGCAGUAAACUCUAUAAUUACGGAAGAAAUGUUCAUGAUGAAUUUUGAGGUAAAAUGAGGUAGAGCUUUGUGUUUCUGAGUUAUUGGUCACAUUAAAAAAAGCUUAAGUUAUUUUUAUUUAAUUUUUUGAUUUAGAAAGUUGCUUUUUAAAGUGUUCAUUCCACCCUGGCAAAUGUUGGUGCGAUCGUUUACAAAUGUACUCUUUGUGAACAACUUCUAGGUAGCUGCGCGUUGUCAUUGUUUCGCCACCAAAAAGCCAUUUGUGAGUUAGAUUUCAAUAAUAAUAAUAAUAAUGAUAAUAAUAAGACUUGUAAUGCGCACAUAUCCACCCUGCUGGGUGUUCAA